AUGGACGAUCUAGGACCGCUGGAUUUUCCCCCUGCAUACCCAGGGCCCCCCAUCAACGACUAUGGAGGCAUGGCCGGACCCUCCCAGCCUGGCUUUCAGGGCUCCCCAUACCCCCCUUUCCAGCCUGGCCCGUACCAGGGAGGUCCUGUUCCUGGAGGAUACCCAGCUACACCCCAGUACUACGCUGGACAGCCUGGACCCCAGCAAAUGGGUCCUGUUCCUGGAGGAUACCCAGCUACACCCCAGUACUACCCUGGACAGCCUGGACCCCAGCAAAUGGGUCCUGUUCCUGGAGGAUACCCAGCUACACCCCAGUACUACGCUGGACAGCCUGGACCCCAGCAAAUGGGUCCUGCUCCUGGAGGAUACCCAGAUGCACACCAGGACUACACUGGACAGCCUGGACCCCAGCAAACGGGUCCGAAUGUAAAUGUUCACAUCCGGGAAUUCAUCAGGGAAGUCCACAUACAAGGACCUGCCCCUGAAGGAUACCCAUCUGCAUCCCAGUACUACCCUGGACAGCCUGGACCCCAGAAAAUGGGUCCUGCCCCUGGAGCCUCACCCCAAUGGGCCACUGGAGAGCCUCAACUAGAGAAUGUGGACCAGUGUCAUGUAACGACUGAUGACAGCAAGGUGGACAAGAAGCCUGCGGACUCCGACAACUGCUGCAAGCUCUGCUGCCUGAAGACCAGGAAGUGCCUGAUGAGCCCAGAAUGUGGGCGGUGCCUGGAGAUCGCCAGCGUCAUCGCCAUGUGCGGCAUGUGCUUCCGCUUCUUUAUAUAGGCGGAUCAAGAUCCCCCAGAAGAAGGGCCCAUUCCUCCCUUCCCCCAUGAUGCCCGAUUUUUGCCUGUGUGAUCUUGCGCCCCCCUACAUGAAAGGCUACCCCUGGGACCUUCAGCCGUGUGUGUGUGUGUGUGUGUGUGUGA